UAUUUAAACCGUUAAGAAACCCCGUUUUGAAGGAGAGCUUAAGGAGAGUGCCUACCACUACCUCAGUCAAAUACUCGGAACAAAUUGUUUUAUCAACUACUAGGAACACUCCCAUAGUCCCAUCAACUGGUGAUCAAAGUUUACAGCUUGUUGCUCACUCAGUGAGUUACUCAGAAUCUCCAUACUCGUUAGAGAAAAUCCCCGCUAUGAGAGCAUAAGCAAUGCAUUCGAGGAUAGGGUUUGUCUUGGCAUGCACCAGAAGAACCUCAUCUUCACUGUUCUCAGCUAUUUUGCCGUACGCUGCUACCCACGAAUUCCGAGUAGUUGGUUCACGUGUCUGCCGGCGAGCCUCACUUUCAGGCGACAGCGUAAACUUAAGCGGCUUCCAUUUGGCCGUAUCCUGGCAUUGGGAACGCCAAUUUAGUAGCUACGCUUUUGAGCAGUUCUCCGACGAUGAAUACGAAUGCGACUUUGAGACUCAUCCGGCAUCAUCAUCCGUGGCCAACAUCGACGAGUGGAAAUGGAAGCUAAGCUUACUCUUGGGCAGCGAGGACCAAGAAGUUGUAUCCAGAGAUAAAAGGGAUAGACGUGACUAUGAACAAAUCUCCAACCUUGCUAAAAGGAUGGGCCUCCACAGUGAAAUUUAUGGUAAGGUAGUGGUCAUAAGCAAAAUUCCUCUCCCCAACUACAGGCCAGAUCUUGAUGACAAGCGGCCCCAAAGAGAGGUUGUCAUACCACUAAGUUUACAAAGGAGAGUGGAAGGCUUGCUUCAGGAACAUCUGGACAGAAUCCAGCUUUCUGGGAAGUCAGAUAUUAUAUCCAGUGAAACUGAAACAACUGAUAAGGUUGAAAGUGCAACUAUGGAUGAAAAUCUGGAUUCUUUCUUAGAUGACUCGGUUAUGGAGAAGGUUCUUCAGAGGCGAAGCUUGCGCAUGCGCAAUUUGCAGAGAACGUGGCAGGAGUCACCCGAAGGGAAAGAAAUGAUGGGUAUUCGAGAAUCGCUUCCAUCGUGUAAGGAAAAAGAAAGAUUGCUUCAAGCAAUUGCUCGCAAUCAGGUUGUGGUCAUUUCUGGUGAAACUGGAUGCGGUAAGACUACCCAACUCCCUCAGUACAUUUUGGAAUCUGAAAUUGAAUCUGGUCGUGGUGCAUUCUGUAGCAUAAUUUGUACACAGCCUCGAAGAAUAUCUGCAAUGGCAGUUGCAGAAAGAGUGGCUACGGAGAGGGGUGAACUUCUUGGAGAAUCAGUUGGUUAUAAAGUGCGACUGGAGGGGGUGAAAGGAAAAAAUACACAUCUUCUCUUUUGCACUAGUGGUAUUUUGCUACGGAGGCUUUUAAGUGACCGCAAUCUUGAUGGUAUUACCCACAUCUUUGUUGAUGAGAUUCAUGAGCGUGGUAUGAAUGAAGAUUUUUUACUGAUUGUGUUGAAGGACCUUCUUGCUCGGCGUCGAGAUUUAAGACUGAUUUUAAUGAGUGCUACUCUUAAUGCUGAUCUUUUUUCUAGUUAUUUUGGUGGAGCACCUACUAUUCACAUUCCAGGCUUCACAUACCCUGUAAGAGUACAUUUUCUUGAAGAUGUAUUGGAAGUGACCGGGUAUAAGCUGACGUCAUUCAACCAAAUUGAUGACUAUGGCCAAGAUAAGAUGUGGAAAACACAAAAACAGCUAGCGCCCCGGAAAAAGAAAAACCAGAUUACUGCGCUUGUUGAGGAUGCGCUAAGCCGAUCGAACUUUGAAAGCUAUAGUGCGAGGGCACGGGAUUCCCUGGCAUCCUGGUCUCCUGAUUCUGUAGGAUUUAAUCUUAUUGAGGCUGUCUUAUGUCAUAUAUGUCGUAAGGAAAGACCAGGAGCUGUUUUAGUAUUUAUGACUGGGUGGGAAGAUAUUAGCUGUUUGAGGGGACAGCUUAAGGCUCAUCCUCUGUUGGGCGACCCCAAUAGGGUGUUGGUGCUUACAUGUCAUGGUUCAAUGGCAACUUCAGAGCAGAUUCCCUAGAACAAUGCACUCCAUUGCCGUGUGGUUUAUUAUAGUAGUUGUUUACCAACAGAAACUCAUAUUUGAGAGGCCUCCUCAAAAUGUUCGGAAAAUUGUACUUGCUACAAAUAUGGCUGAGGCAAGUAUUACUAUCAAUGAUGUAGUGUUCGUAGUUGAUUGUGGAAAAGCAAAGGAGACAACUUAUGAUGCACUAAAUAAUACUCCUUGCUUACUACCUUCAUGGAUAUCUCAAGCCUCUGCUAGACAGAGAAGGGGCAGGGCUGGUCGUGUGCAGCCUGGUGAGUGCUACCACUUAUAUCCACAUUGUGUUUAUGAAGCUUUUGCCGAGUAUCAAUUACCUGAACUUCUAAGAACUCCUCUAAAUUCACUUUGUCUGCAAAUAAAAAGUUUACAAGUUGGAAGUAUUACUGAAUUUUUGUCUGCGGCUCUUCAACCACCAGAGGCAUUGGCUGUGCAAAAUGCUAUUGACUUUUUGAAGAUGAUUGGGGCAUUAGAUGAACAUGAAAAUCUUACGCAUCUCGGUAAAUAUUUGUCAGUGCUUCCAGUGGAUCCUAAGCUCGGAAAAAUGCUAGUUAUGGGUGCUAUUUUAUGUUGCUUCGACCCCAUAUUGACCAUUGUUGCUGGCCUUAGCGUCAGGGAUCCUUUUCUUUUGCCUCAGGAUAAGAAGGACUUAGCUGGGACAGCAAAGUCUAGGUUCUCAGCAAAGGACUAUAGUGAUCACAUGGCUCUUGUCCGUGCUUAUGAAGGAUGGAAAGAUGCUGAAAGAGAAGGAUCUGCAUAUGAAUAUUGCUGGAGAAACUUUCUUUCUGCUCAAACACUUCAAGCCAUUCAUUCCCUUCGCAAGCAGUUUUCCUUCAUCUUGAAAGAUGCCAGACUGCUUGAAGAAGAAACUGCGGCUAAUAAUAAGCUAAGUCACAACCAAUCAUUAGUACGUGCUGUCAUAUGCUCUGGUUUAUAUCCUGGAAUUUCUUCUGUAGUUCACAGAGAGACGUCAAUGUCUUUCAAGACAAUGGAUGAUGGUCAAGUUUUACUUUAUGCCAACUCUGUGAAUGCACGUUAUCAAACAAUUCCAUACCCGUGGUUAGUGUUUGGUGAAAAGGUGAAGGUCAAUACCGUUUUCAUACGUGAUUCUACUGGAGUGUCUGAUUCUAUUUUGAUCCUUUUUGGGGGUAGUCUUAACUUCGGCACUACGGCUGGCCACUUGAAAAUGUUGGAUGGUUAUCUAGAAUUCUUCAUGGAUCCCAGCUUGGCUGCAUGUUACAUGAACCUCAAAGAGCAGCUUGAUGAUCUUUUGCAAAAGAAGCUAGAGGAUCCAGAGAAGGACAUGCACAAGGAAGGUAGAUACCUCAUGCUUGCUGUUCAGGAACUGGUAUCAGGUGAUCAAUGUGAAGGACGGUUUGUUUUUGGCCGGGAGAGCAAGAAGCCUAAGGAGUCUAGUAAUGAUGACAGGUUUACAAGGGAUGGGACAAACCCCAAAAGCUUAUUGCAAACUCUCCUGAUGAGAGCGGGCCACCAUCCUCCGAAGUAUAAAACAAAGCAUCUCAAGACAAAUGAGUUUAGGGCACUUGUGGAGUUCAAAGGAAUGCAGUUUGUGGGAAAACCAAAGAGAAACAAAGCUCUAGCUGAGAAAGAUGCUGCAAUUGAGGCAUUGGCAUGGUUAACUCACACUAAUGAUAAAAACGUUGAAGACAACAACUCCCCACCAGACGUUACUGACAACAUGCUGAAACUUCUUUGUAAGCGACGGAAGUCAAAGAAACGCUGAGGAUGACAUGUCUGUUAUUAUCACGCAGAAUGGCUGAUGUACCCCCAGGUGCAUUAUGCCUUGUGAGUUGUGAACCAGUGAUUGACGGCGCUCCCAGAUGUCUGACUAUUUACGAAGGCCAACCACUCGAGAUGUAUGGAUGGAUAUAGUGAUAUACCUUAGAUCUUCAUGAGUAAUAGAACAAAGCUUGAUGACUUUACAAGCGUUUUGAUGUACCUUAGGAAUUAUUUAUUCAUUUAUACAAUUGUACUUGUAUAUGAGAUCUGAAAUGUAGAGAUAUGUACAAGCGUUUUGAUAUUUUCAUUGCAGUAAAUGAGUAAAUCCAGUAAUUGCACCCAAGUCAAUGGAACACAGCUGGGCUAGUGGGCUA